AUGAAAGUCAAAUCUCAAACCAAAUCUAUCAACAUCCUUACCUUGAAUGAAGACGAAAGAACUGGUGGUGGGUGGAACUUGCUUCGAAUUUUUGCCCUUUCGAGUUUUGAUAGAGUUAAGAUUAUGAAAGAGGAAGGAAAAGGAAGAAGUGUCUAUGAUUUUGUAAGAGAAGAGGAGAGGGGUGUUUGUGACUGUGGGAGAAGAAGAUGGGGUUGUGGUUGUGGUUGGCCUAUGGAAGAUGAACAUGGAGAGAGAUAA